AUGUUCACCUUCAACGUGUACGAUGCCCAAGGAGUGCCCCACGACGAAAGCAGGAUCCUCACCCAGCUCAUUCGAGUCGUGGAGAUGUCACCCGAGAAGGACGUUGGCGUGGGCAUUCUGACGGCGGAACAUAGGGACGUCUGGGCGAAGGUGUACGCCAGUCUUGGCCAGAACGCUCAGAACGCGAAGUCUCUGGAAGCGAUCAACCGGGCUGCCCUCGUGGUGUGCUUAGACGGCGGGGUGGCAGACGCGGAGCCCUACGAAGUGGCCUGGCCCCGGCAGGUAUGCAGGGGUGGCCCGAACGCCGAACAUGCAGCCAAUCGAUGGUGGGACAAGCCAGUUCAGGUGAUCGUCGGGGAAGACGGAGGGUCGGCACUUCUGUACGAUCACACAGCCUUCGACGGCACCGUCAUGACUGGAGUCACGAAUCACUGCUACGAUUACGCGAAGAAAUUGGGAAGCUUUGAAGCAUUUGAAGACAACGGGGAAGCUGCUCCACAAAGCCUGGAAUUUGUUCUUGGAACCGAUACCUUAGAAGAUAUAGAGAAGGCGAAAUCGUCCCAAGCAAGAUAUACCGGCGACACUGAGAGGCUCAUCUAUCAAUUUCCUAACUAUGGAAAAAAGUUCAUCCAGUCGUGCAACAUGAGUCCGGACGGCUACGCGCAGAUGGCCAUCCAACUGGCGGCUUCCAGGUAA